AUGGUCCCUCAGGAUUCCAAAGUAGCCAAUCAGAAAGGACGUCCGCAGCAGGAGCCGGUUGGCCCAAUCGCAGCGCCCCUCCUCGUCAACCGAACAGCCAAUCAGAACGCCGCCGUGGGGCCCUCCGACUUCCGGUUCCGGCUGCUCCCCUUGGUUGGUGUUUUGCCGGCGGGUCCCUCCAUGGCGGCGGCUGCGGCUUGUGCGGGCUGCAUCGUCGGCGUCUCCCCCCCGCGCGGCCCCGGCCCGGCCGCCGGCUCCCUGCCCCGGGGGCCGUGGAGCGGCAGCGGCGUGCUCCUGCCGCAGAGCCCGGGCGUCGCCCUGUGCCACGGGGCCGUCUUCGCCCCUUUCCUGCUGGCCUCGGAGCGGCCCGGCUGGGCCCGGCGGCCGGUCCUGCUCCCCGGCAGCUUCGCCCCGGGCCUCCAGAUCCGCGUGCUCCGGCCAAGCCGACCCCGCGGCCAAAGCGCGUGCGGUUGGCCCCAGGGGGACUCGCAGGGCAGCGCCCCGUCUUUGUGGUUCAACCCGCUUUCCAGUCACCUGGAGGCCACCGGGGGCCUGGAGUGCCACGAAGCCGAGCUCUUGAUGGUGGUCCCCUGCCGGCGGUUCCAGGAUGCCUUCUCCAAAGUCUUCAGCGCGUCUGAUCAGUGGCACUUUGGUGGGGAUGAGGUUGGGGAAGAGUCCGGUUCGUGUGCGGACGAGCUGCGUUUCCUGCACUGGUUUGCCUUGCUGCGCAUCCUGGACUGCGACUUCCAUGGUGCGGGUUCAGUGAGCUGCAUGCCGGCUGCCCUUCUGAGAAAAGGGGACCCGCUCUUUGCUUGCGGCUCCCCUUUCGGGAUCUUUUGCCCGGACAUUUUCAUGAACACCCUUAGCAAAGGGAUAGUGAGUAAUCUGGCUGGAGAAGGCCAUGCCCUCAUUCUGACUGAUGCUCGCUGCUUGCCUGGCACUGAAGGCGGUGGUGUCUUUGCGGUAUCUGGAGUCGGCCCCCAACUCGUUGGGAUAAUUGUCGCUCCCCUUUGCUGGAAGUCCAACGAGUGGGUUGGCCUCACGCUGGUUUGUGCCAUUGACUGCGUCCUGGAGAGUAUCAGGGGCAUCCUCUCGGAGCCACACCGGUUUCAGAAAACCUGUUUACCCCCCCUGCGACUUGUGGCUAUGACUCAGAAGACGGUAGUAGCCAAAGGUGGGCCAGUCCAGCAGAUGCUGGCUGCUGCUGUUCUGGUGGAGUGUGGGCUGACCUGGGGGUCUGGGGUGAUGGUGAGCUCAAGGGUUGUGUUGACUUGUCGCCAUGUGGUCAGCGGAGCAUCAAGUGUCCUUGUGAGGCUACAACCCAACCCUGAACGGACGUUGGUAACUAAAGGGAAAGUGGUGUUUGCGACACAGGAUGCUUCUCCCUAUGACGUUGCACUUGUAGAACUGGAAGAAAGUUUAUCCACGUUUGUAGAGCCUGUCCUAGCCUCCAAGUUCUGUGAAGGAGAAGAUGUCAGCAUGGUUGGAUUCGGCGCCUUCGGCCAGGCCUGCGGCCCAUCGGUAACUUCAGGGAUCUUGUCGGCGGUCAUCGUUGUGGACGAGAAGCCCGUGAUGCUUCAGGCAACCUGCGCUGUCCAUGGUGGCUCAAGUGGCGGGGCUCUCUUUGCCACACGCAGUGGGGAACUUCUUGGUAUUGUUGCCAGCAACACGAGGGACAACAGCAUCGGGGCCACGUACCCCCACCUGAACUUCAGCAUCCCCAUUACGGUCUUGCGGUCGGCUCUCCUGGAGUACACCCGCAGCAGAGAUCUGCGUGGCUUCCAGGAGCUGGACAGGGUGGCUGGAAGGGUCCGGGUAGUCUGGAGGCUUCAAAGAGAGCCUGGGGAGCUACCACUGAGCAAGCUCUGA